AUGGACAGGGGCACGUUUGAUCAAGCCUGGCAUGGAGUUGUCGGGCCAAUAUCGGCUGGGAACAAGUCUGCCUUGAAUGGUGGAUAUGAGGGCAAGGCCAAUGCCCAACAAAUUCCAAACUCACGUGGACUAUUAAAAGGUGCACCGUUGUUGUGUGAUAGGUGCAAAAAUCAUGAUCGUGGUAAACAGAACACCCACACACGUGUUGGUGCACCUGCGAGCCUCAGUACUCAUACUCCAAACAACGUGGUGACUGGUGAGGGCGUGGAGCUGACAAAACCAUACCAUUCUAGGCAAGCAAUGCCACAUGGUCGAUUUGAUCAGACAAAGAUGCCACAAAACGUAAAUUUCAUGCCUAGAACCAAGAACGUUAAUGAUUUUCAUUUUGAGAGGCUGAGAUGA